UCGGCCAUCUUGCCCCUGCCAGCUCUUUCAAAGAAAGUGGCUGGUUUGUGCGCGGCGCUGGAGUAGAAUCCUAACUGCUUAGUAUAUAGGUUUCUGGCGAAUGAAUUAGAUUUUCUAGAAAAGCCAUUCUAUAUAUACAUAUUACAUAACCUUCGUUAAUUGCCAUUUUGCAUUGGCAAUUCAGAAACGCUGCGGCGGCUCAGAAGUGUAGUUUUGAACGAUUUUUUUGUACUUGAGAUGGCGACUGCAACCCCCAGCCGCACGGCUACCGAAAGCGCUCGGUCGGCUAGCACUCCGCUGUCCCCGACGCGCAUCUCACGGUUGCAGGAAAAGGAGGAACUGCGGCACCUGAACGACAGGCUGGCCGUCUACAUCGACCGUGUGCGGGCGCUGGAGCUGGAGAAUGACCGGCUGAUGGUAAAGGUGUCGGAGAAGGAGGAGGUCACCACUCGGGAGGUUACCGGCAUCAAGACCUUGUAUGAAGCAGAGCUGGCAGAUGCUCGGCGUGUCCUGGAUGAAACGGCUCGUGAGAGAGCCCGGCUGCAGAUCGAUCUUGGCAAAGCCAACGCCGAGCUUGAGGAGGUCACCAAGAAUUUUAAAAAGAAGGAUGGGGAUCUGGUGUCGGCUCUGGCCCGCAUUAAGGAGCUGGAUUCACUGCACAUCAGGAGCGAAGCGGCGCUCAGCGCCGCCAUGAGUGAGAACGCGUCUCUCGGCGCUGAGCUUGCCGACCUGAAAGCCCAGCUCUCUAAGGCUGAAGAUGCCCAUGCAGUUGCUAAGAAGCAGCUGGAAUCAGAAACUUUACAGAGAGUGGAUUUGGAGAACCGCUGUCAGAGCCUGUCGGAGGAGCUGGAGUUCAGGAAGAGCAUGUUUGAUGAGGAGGUGCGUGAGACUCGCCGGCGUCGCGAGAAGCGGAUGGUGGAGGUGGACAGCGGGACCAAGCAGGACUACGACUACAAACUGGCACAGGCACUGCAGGAUCUGCGCAGGCAGCAUGAGGAGCAGGUGGCCGUCUACAGGACGGAGCUGGAGCACACGUUUAGGGCCAAGCUGGAUCACGCCAAAGUGUCAUCUGAUCUCAAUGACCAGGCUGUAAACGCAGCUCGAGAGGAGCUGCAGGAGUCACGCAUGAGGAUUGAAAGCCUGGGCUACCAACUCUCUGCCCUGCAGAAACAGGCCAGCGCAGCUGAGGAGCGCAUCCGCGAGCUGGAGGAAAUCCUGGCCAGCGAUCGGGAGAAGCAUCGGCGUCAGCUGGACGCCAAGGAGCGCGAGAUGGCAGAGAUGAGGGAGUGCAUGCAGCAGCAGCUGAACGAGUACCAAGAGCUGCUGGACGUCAAGCUGGCCCUGGACAUGGAGAUCAACGCCUACAGGAAGCUGCUGGAGGGAGAGGAAGAUAGGUUAAAACUGUCUCCCAGCCCAUCUUCCCGGGUGACAGUGUCUCGCGCUGCUACCACCAGCAGCAGCUCUACGCGCUCGUCUCGCGCCAAGAGAAAGCGAGUCGAGCUGUCGUCAGGAAGUCAGCCUAAGGUCCACAUUAACCAAGAAGCCGAGGCCACAGGCAGCAUCACCAUCGAGGAGAUAGACCUAGAGGGCAAGAGUGUCACCCUCAGAAAUGUCUCUGAAAAGGAUCAAUCACUUGGCAGCUGGAGACUGAAAAGGAAAAUUGGAGACGGGGAUGAAAUAACCUACAAAUUUACACCAAAAUAUGUCCUCAAAGCAGGGCAGACUGUCACAAUCUGGAGUGCUGAUGCUGGAGUAUCUCACAGUCCACCCACUGACCUGCUCUGGAAAAGCCAGGGUUCCUGGGGCACUGGGGACGACAUUGUCACCUUCUUGGUGAACUCAAAUGGCGAGGAGGUGGCCAAGAGAACGGUCACCAAGAUCAUAGUACAUGUGGAGAAUGAAGAUGAUGAGGAUGCUGACUUUGGUGAAGAAGAUCUUUUCCAUCAACAGGGAGACCCAAAGCCUUCAUCCAGGGAAUGUUUAAUUAUGUGAAGAAUUCAGUCCCGCCCCCCCCUACAGCAACUUAAAUAUUUUUGUAUAUUUCCGUCUUGUUAAUUUUUUCUUAGUUUCCAAACCAGUCAGCCUCAUAUGUUUUGAAAUGGAGUUCAUUUUUGUAAUGAAUCAUGCAUAGUUAUUACAUUAAUUACAUAUAACUAUCUUAAACUUAUAAAGUUUUAAGAUUGUUCCCAAAAAUAUUAUAGAAAUAGUGGGGUCCCCCAUGCUACCCAAAGUUGGAUAGAGAUGGGGUUGGUGAACUUAUCUUAAAACUGCCACUGUACACUGUACUUAUUUCAUUAUGGUUGCCUUGCUUAUCAAUGAGGCAUUUGAAUGGUUUUUAUGAUUAAUUGAAAGCCUUUGGGAGCAGGUCUGGUGCACUGUUAGAUUGAUGAACAGGGAGACCCUGAGUUAGAGAUUUUUACCACUGAGACUAAAAGGAAACUGGCUCAAAAAUAUUUUAAUAGCUGUUUUUUCCCAUCUGCUGCUUCCAUUGUUAAUAGUUAAUUUUAGUAGAGGCAUAUAUAUGCCUUACCUGCCCGGAAAUGGUCUGAGGGCAGAAAUCAGGAAAUGAUGAUAAUGAUUUCAGUAUUUAGAAUCAGAUAAUGAUUCUAUCUGCUGGCAUCCAUACUGAUAGUUGAUAGUGACAGAUUUUAAACUGGCAUGAUUUCACUCAUGUAGGUAGUAACUGACACUAUAUUUAGCUUUGCAGAGGAAAACAGGGUGGAAUUUGCAGGAGUGAUGGUCAGUUUGAUCAGUGGUUAGCCAUGGUUGAAUGCAAGGUUGUGGGUAUAAUUGUCACAUCGUGAAAAAAUUUAAAUUGGGGUGAGCAGUAGUUUAGUAAAUGCUGAUUCUCCAGGAAGAGUGUUAUUGGCUGACAGAAAUGCCCAGGAUUAAGCGGUGACUUGAAACGAUUUCUGCGGCACUACGUGGUCAAUUCCCUUCGGUUGGCUCACUGUCAGUUUUAUUAACAAGGUUGUCAUUUUUGACCCUGUCGACCCAAGAAAUUGUAUUGAGAAAGAUCUAUACAAUCGGUUCACACUAGAUUUUAGUCAUGCAUUUCGCUGGAGCAGUGCUGGGCUUAGCGGGCAUCGAGGGCUUGGCCCAGAAACACUCACAUCAUGAUACAGUGGAUAAAAGUGAUUAUAAGAAAAACCUUCAGGGAUUAAGGCCAGACCUGAAGCCGUCCAUGAUUUACUCUCCCCCACUUUCCAGCCUGAAAGGUCAGUGGCAUCAUGAUUGUAUGACCUUAUUGACAAGGCAUAUGCUGUGUGCAACACUUACUUGGUGAUAACCUUGUUAUUUACCUUGGUAUUUGUACAUAUAUGGGGGAAGAAAUAUAAUGUACGUCCACCUUGUUCAUAUUAAUGCUUACUGUUGGUCGCAAUAAUCCAUGUUGAAUUUAUAUACCUUUUUAUAAGUGUAAAAUUGUUUCUCAGAUACAUGCAAAUAUUUUUUUAAAAGUAAAUGUGGUUAUCGACAAGGGUUCUACAGCUAUAAAAUGAUGUCGUCGUACCACUGAAUGUACUAUUUGGUUGUGAUAGAGUAUUGACAUCUUAAAAGAAAUUAAUACUCCCGUGUCUUAAUGUGCAGUAUUCAGCUGAUCGAACUUUGUACUGUGUUCAUGGCAUAGUUGUCUGCAUUGUCUACAGACGGAUGCAUGUUUUAAAUCAGCCCUGACACCAGUCAACUCACUGGUGCAAAUGCGUUGUCCGCCAUUCUUUAGGCAACCGUAUGGUGCCGAAUUACAGUGACUUCAGAGGUCUCUGUAGACAAUUGGAUUUCAGAAACAAAAUCAGGAGAUCUGUCUCAGGAUCUGAAAACUAAGGAGCCUCGUCUGUUAUAUCGCCAACAUUUGGCAUUCUAAGCCAGGAUAACGGCAUCUUUGUUGGUGGGGCUGGAUUGGUGAAAGGAAAUGCGGAGUUGAUCCACAUGUUUGCCAUUGCACUCGAGUGCAAAAUAAGCUUAAAACCCCUGUGUUGUCUCCACACAGCUAUUUAAUACAGAUUGUUUGCCUGGGAAACAAUUUUUUUUUCCUUCAAAUGCAGUGCCCUGCAAAACAUAUUUUUUUAUUGAAUGAUUAUAUAUCACUCACCUAGUAAUCAUGCUUGUAUCAAAUGUUUGUUUAAAGAUGGUAAAGUUUAGGUUAAACAUGCAGAUUGACUUAAAUAGCUUAGAUAGAGUGAUGUGCUCAAAGGAAUUGAUCUCGUUAGCACAGCAUUUUGGCAUUUCUGAAAAGUGUUGGAAAACUGAAGCUGAUUACACUGGUAGAAAAUUUUAGUAGCAUAAGUAUUUGGUUCUGAGGAUAUCAGAUCACUCAGCAGGAUGUCGUUUGGAAACGACUUCGCUAACUGUGAUUGUUGUACACUGCUUUAAGUGAUCUGUACAGAACAUUCAGCAGCAGUCUGCCAACCACUGGCACAUUUUAAUAAGAGUUUUUAAAAUGAGCUUUUAUUUUUUAACAUGCACUGGUUUAAAGUAUUUUACACUGCCAGAUUUCUGUUCAGGUUUCUCAAAAUAUAAUGUGACAAUGUGUUCUGGGAAUCAAGUUGUCAGCACAGUCUGUAAAAAUCCAGAUCUGAAUAUUUGAUAGCAUACUGAAUCAUAACUUACUGUAAGGAGAUUGCAAUUUCAUACUCUGAAAUGCACAAAAUGAUGCGCAAUAAUGUGAUGUUUCAUGUUUACUCAAGCCAUGAAAAAAUUGUGAAUAAAUUUUCGAAUUCAGCUUUUAAGGGGAAAAACCUAAACUUUAUCAUUAUAUAGGGGAACUGUAGGAAUGCAUGCCAAAAGUGUUUCCCCCCGUGAGUUAUUUACAUUUAUAUUGACAUUUUUGUACAACAUAAUACAAUAAAUGUUUUACUUAUUAAA